GAGAAAACCGAUCUGCUUUCUCACUUUACAGUAGGAUGUGAGCACUUCUUCUUCUUGGCGUCGUUUCCGUGACCGUGUGCGGACUGAAUAAUUUUCGGAUCAUCGUCAUCAUGCGCCCGACGCCUGUGUGCUCCGCCGGCGACGGGGACAUAUUUGACAGCAUUCAGAGAGGAAACACUGAGCAUUGUGCACAAUUCGUUCAAAAUGAUCCAUCAGUCCUCCAACGAAAAGGUUGGGGUGGUUUUACCCCACUCCACUACGCUGCCCUGCAUGGUAACCGUACACUCAUUGACCUUUUCCUGAAUAAUGGAGCCAAUCCCAACUCGACGUGUGAUGCAGGACAAACAGCUUUUCAUUUUUCUUGCAGGCAAGGGAAUAUCUAUAUCAUGCACCAAAUGAUGAAGCAUGGAGCAGAUUUGCGACUCGUAGACCUACAGGGAAAGACAUCACUGCAUCAUGCUGUCAGUGGGGGCAACAUUGUUGCAGUGCAGUACCUGUGGGAGACUGGAAUAUUUCGGUUCUCUGACAAAGACCUAUACAAGGUGACACCUCUGCACUUGGCUGCAUCUACUGGAAACACAGAGAUGGUUCAAUACCUGCUCAGAGAUCAGAGAUGUAGUGUGGAUGCUGCUGACCAGCAGGGAGUGACGGCGCUUCAUAUAGCUGCAGAGAGAGGAGGGGUGGAGGUGUGUUGGAUGCUUCUGCAGACAGCAGGUUGCUGGAUACUCCAUCAAAAGAACCACAGUGGACUCACACCACUGGACCUCUGCAAGCAGGGGAAAACAUUUCGACAUCAGCAACUCACCAGACUACUAAAGCAGUAUAUUACUGAGCCAAUACACCACAAGCCCAGAGAAUCCCAUGUUUUGUACUAUUGGACUCUGCUUUUUCCAACCCUGAGUGGAACCGUCAUUCUGCUGAUAGCAGCCAUGUUGGGAGCAUAUGGUGGGUUACUCUGUGGGUUGCUCUUCCCCUGGCUGGCCAGAAGCAUCUUCACACAGUACCACCGCAUGACCACGUACCAAAGGUUACCUAACCCAAUCUACUUGGGAACACUCAUGGCUGGCAUGUUCCUUUCCAUUCUCUGCUUCUAUGGAAAAAUUCUGUCUAGUGUGUUGCCAAGCGCUUUAGUUCAGGUAUCGAUGGUCCAUUUCGCCCUGGUCCUUUGUUUGUUCUGUAAAGUUCUGACCCAGGAUCCCGGGAAGCUGGACAGAGCAGAAGCAGACCCUCGCUUCUCCUGUAUCGCUGAGCUGGUGGAAAACAACCAGAGUCCCCACAGGUUCUGCCCAUACUGUGAGCUGUUUCAGCCGGACUACACGAAGCACUGUAAGCUGUGCGAUGUGUGCAUUAAGGACUAUGACCAUCACUGCCUUUUCCUCAACCAGUGCAUUGGCCGGGGCAACCAUCGCCUCUUCCUCUCCUUCAUCCUCUCCAUGUUGGGUGCCCACCUUCUUUUUCUUGCCUCAGCAACACGUUACCUGUACGAGAUGACGUCUACAGACAGCUACAGCUACAGCUGGUCUUUGUGGCUUUCAAUGCUGGGGACUGAGUUCUGGGUGGUGGCCAUGAUGGUGAUGAACGCGCUGACACUCCUUUGGGAAAUGUGGCUCCUGAAUGAACAGUUUGGGGCCAUCGCCACAGGGACGACCACCUACUUCAAACAGUGUGACGACUCCACACGGCACAGGUUGUUAGGACAGCGCUGGAUUACAGUGCUCUUGUUUUUAUUCGAAGGACAAAGACGGGUGGGUAUCGGAGGAACGGAAGAUGAUAGAAAGUCCAUCGACAUUUAGAAACUCUCCAUUUGUCUUCGUCUAAGAAUCAACAGUGUUAACUCUCACAAAUAACACGAUGUACUUGAUUGUAACAUUUGAUUAUCCAUCCGUCCAUCCAUUUUCUAUACCCGCUUACUCCAAUUAAGGGUCACGGGGGCUGGAGCAUAUCCCAGCAGUCAUAGGGCGUGACAUGGGGUA